UUGUUAGGUACUAAGUUAGGUUUAAAGUUUUAAAGUAAAAACUGAAAAGUAUUUAGUAGCAACUUGCAAUGCUGUUUAACAUAACAACUUUUAUGUUAACUUAAUAUAAUGAGAUUAAUUUUAAACUAUCGGUAUAAAAGGCGAAAUUUACAUCUGGAGAUAUGGCUGAUGUCUGUACAAUAACAUCUAGAAAUGGAAAAAACAAUUGUAAUCAAGAUGAUAAUUAUUGUGUAUUUAAUGUUAUAAGUGUAUUUAUAUCACUUGUGACGAUACUUGCGGACUUAACAACAGAUAUUUUGGUUGUGGUGGAAUACUGCAAGGAUGGCUACAUGGAAUGGGCUUUCAUAACAUUUACAUUUAUACUCAGCCCCAAUAUUGUAACAAAUAUUUUCUCUUUGAGAUGGAUUUUCAUUGAUAAACUUGCCAAUGUAAGACUUUGUAUCAGUCAUGGAUUUCUAUUUGGAUUAUUAGAAAGGUACAUAUUGUUUUUAUAUGAAGUUUUCUCAUGUAAAAAUUUUGAAGUAUUAAAAUCUCAAAAACUAUUAGCUCAAAGGAAUGAUUUAAGCUUAUUGCAUUUUCUCUAUAUAUUUACUGGAACAGUGCCACAAAUAAUUUUACAAAGCUAUUCCAUAAUUAUGAUGAGUGAAAACUAUUAUACUAAGGUGUUUUCAUUGACGGCAUCAAUAGCAUCUGUGAUAUGGGGUUGUGUUAUAUACCUAUACAGUAUUUCUACAAUAUCAAUGGAUAAUGUCAAUUGGAUGUCCAUUGUAUUAAAACUUACAUGGUAUUUAAGUAGUUUAAUAGGUCGUAUAUCUGGAAUUAUUUUAUUUAAUUUAGUUUUUGGAGUUUGGACACUUAUUCCAUUAGGAUUACAUUGGUGUGCUAUGUCGGUUUGGAUAAUGACACAAAAAACUAGAUUUUGUUCUAACAAAUAUGAGGAAAUGUUUUAUAAUGUGAUAAUGGGAUUUGUAUAUUGUUUCUGUUUUGUGAAUGUGAAGGGAGGACACACACGGUAUCGUCUUUUGUUGUUUUAUACAUUAUUCAUUACACAAAACUUUGGAAGCUUGAUUUUAUACGUUCUUAUUUCCGAUGUACAGAAUCUUAAAAAACUAUGGUCGAUCAUAAGCACAUUAAGUAUUUCGUUCGGAACUGUCUUUGGUAUAAUCACCAUGAUAAUUUACUAUAGGUAUUUCCAUCCAAAAGGGCCAAUUCCGUGGAAAUACUUUCAUGAAGACAUCGAUCUCAAUAAUGAUGUUCAAGGCAAUAGUAAUUGCAAAAAGGCAGCGGAAAUGGAAAAUAAUUUACGUAAUUUAAGAACGUUUAAAACAGUUGACAAAGACAAAAACGGAAUAAAUGAUGUUAGAAAAAUAUCUAGUGCAUCACAAUCAGUGACGCAAAUUGAAACCGAAAACACUGAUAAAAAGUUCUUAUUAGACCAUUGGAUUGCCAGGGCAGGAUCACCUACAUUCACUUCUGCUCCUGUUGGUAAUUUAAGUAUGGAUAUAUCUAGCAUAGAGAUGUAUACUGUUGAGAAUACACCCCAAUCUGUUUUGGGUAAACGAGAUCCUACAAUCCCUCCCAAAUUAAAAAAGAAAAUUUGUUCGCCCACUGAACUGAAUCUGAAAUUAUCUUCAAUAGAUACUAUAGAAAGCUCAAUCGAUGAAAUAACUUCGAAUACCCUUAACAUACAUAAACGCCGUGGAAUAUGUUCUUCUGACGAUCUAAGAGAAAAUCUCAAUGAUUUGGGCCUCAACACAUCUAAUUAUAAUCUAAGUAUAGGAAAAGCAAAGACUGAUCGCAGUUCUGAGUUGAGCCACGAAACUGAUGGCUCUAACAAAAAAACUUCAUCGGAUUCAAUUGACUUAGACCUUGAUUUAAGUUUUAGUGAUAUAAAUAGUUCUGAUAUUAAUUCAUUCAAUGAAAAUAUUGUUCAAAAGCUUUGUUUAAGUGCACUAAAGAAUAUCAAAGUUGGAAAUCAAGACGCUGAUAUUGAAAAUAUUCAAAGAAUAGCUUUAGAUAUUCUUAAAGAAAUGUACAAGAAAAAGGAUAAAUUAAAGAAUGGUAUAAAAUCUGGUGUAAUCCAAAUAAAACGUGAUCUUGAUACUCCUACUGAGGUUUUAUCCGUUCAUGACUAUGAAAAUAUUUGUGCCGUAAAUAUAGCUAGAGAAGCUUGGGGCUUAAGGUCUUGGAAUGGAUAUUGCGACAUUGAGAACUGGCUUCACGAUGGUAGUGUUGUUAGAGAUAGAAGUCGAGAUACAUUUACUUCAGAAAGUUCUGAUAUCAGUAGUUGUUUGUCUCAAGACCUGAAAAAUGCUAUACUCUCUGCUCCCCCAUUUCCUAGAAAACCGCACACUUAUUCUAAUGUCUUUGUUAAAUUAGAUAGAGGAGUUGAAGACUAUGCAAAUACAGUAAUGUGUCAAACUAAUGAACCGCAGUUUGUAGCUAAACCAUGUAUUGUUGAAAAUUAUAAAGAUCCUAAUCAUUUGGAGCCCAUUUUAGAAGAGUUAGAUGAUUUGGGUGAUAUUGACCCAGCUAAUAAAAAGCGUCUUAAUUCUGAAAGUUCACUAGUAGCGACAAUUGAUGAAAUCAGGAAAGCAACAGUCACGAACUCUCCAAGGCAGGUGGUGUACCAUAGGAGGGAAAAUACAUGGGAUUCGCCUAAUACGUAUACGGAAAAUGAAACUAGCUUAAAAAAGGCCCUUUGGAAGGAGCCAUCUAAGUUUGAUUCUAGCAAUAUAAUGGGAAAGGCGUUAGAGGAAAAAGAAAUUAGUUUAAACAUAUCUAAUCCUAAACAUAUAGAUUUAAGUAAAGGAGAAAUUAAUAAUGCGCCUGUCAAUCGCAAUAUUACGAAUACAAGUAAUUCUUCAAACUUCUAUAAAAAUUCAGUGAAGAAGCACAAACCCUCUCAUCAUUUCAAGACACAUACAAAAAUGAACAAUCAAACUGAUCACUUGAAUGAUUUGUCUAACAAAGACAUAGAUUUUCUUUGGCAGAUAGUUACAGAAAAUUCAUUGUCCUUUGAUACACCGGAAAGUUUAUCUUUCCAUCGCAAAACUCCAUCCUUACAAUCAUUAAUACAAAAAGAUGACCCGCCCAGUUCGUCAAAUUCAAAGAAUUCGAACAUUAAAAAGAUCUCGAGAAAUAGGCCGAGGAGAAAAUUUUCAAUUUUAAGGGAGAAGUUUGAACCCAAAAUUAACUCUGAUGAAGAAACCCUUUACAACAAGGAUAGUAACACAUCUAGGCUACAUUUUAACAAUAUAGAUAUGGUCAAGGAUAAAGCUGAAAAUAUUUUGCCAGCGUACGAAAGUGCACUGUCUGAAAGUAAUGUAGAUGUUCCUGUAUUACUUCCAGAUAAUUCACGACUUGAUACAGUGAGUUCUACUACCAAACAAAUAAAAGAAAAACGGUCCCUUUUUAUGAAACAAGUACUCAGUCCGCCAAAAUUGACCACGAAGCUGCGAUAUAAACUGUAGACGACAAUUGUAUUACAAAUUAUAAAGUUAUUUGUCAACAUA